AUGAAGGUCUUCUCUUCUGGUUGCACCUUCAACUACUCAUGGGAUGAGGUCUCUACUGCCAACUGGCGCAAAUACUGUCCUUGGAACGACAAGUCAACACACGUUGUCGGCGUCGACACACUCUCUCGCACCGUCGACCCGAGCACUGGAAUCCUCCGGACCGAGCGUCUGAUCACGUGCAACCAGUCCGUACCGCAAUGGGUUCUCUCAAUUCUUGGAGGGACCAACACCUCCCACGUUUACGAAAUCUCCUACGUCGACCCCGCAUCCAAGAAGGUCACCAUGUGCUCUACCAACUUGACAUGGUCCAAUGUUCUUAGCGUUCGCGAAACUGUCACCUACCGACAAUGUGCCCUGAACCCGGCUACCACAACUGAAUUCCACCAAGAAGCGAAGAUCACCGCUCUUUGUGGUGGGUGGCAAAAGAUCAAGAACAAGGUGGAAGAUGCAAGCGUGGAACGAUUCCGUGAAAACGCCAAAAUCGGCCGUGAAGGCUUCGAGACCGUCCUCGAGAUGAGCCGGCGCGUCUUUGGCGAACAGCGUGAUAUUGAGAAGCAGCGCAUGCAAUCAUGA